AUGGCAUUUUUCCCGAGUCGAGGUACGGAUGCCGAAGAUGUGUUAAUGAAUGCUUUCAAGAACUUUGAUGAAGAAAAGAAAGGGACAAUUGGUAGAGAUGCGCUACGAGAACUGUUAACGAGCAUCGGUAAACCAGAAGAUCUUCUCUCAGAUAUGGAACUAGCAAACCUAUCAGUUAUUGUCAUCAAUGUAUCAUCGAGAAAAAUAGAUUCAUUUGGAGAAUUAGAUGGAACUGAUAAUGAUAAUGAUUUAGAACUUCAACAACGUCUACUCAAAUUUUUUAAUCGUAAUUUAGAAAAACGUUUUAGUAAACAUCGUCGAUUUUUUUUUAAUAGUGGCACAACAACAACGACGAAAGCAUCAAAAUUAAAUUUCCUCGACAUAUUUAAUUCGUUUUUCGAUUCAUCAUCAUCAUCAUCAUCACAAAAUAGUGGUAGUGGAAGUAAAUUAGAUUUAAUUAAACAAAUAUUUUCGUCACAAAGCGGUUCUGAUUCAUCUAAAUUAAAUUCAUUUUUACAAAUGUUAAAUAGUGGAUCAGGUUCACAAUCAAGUAAAUUAAACAUGCUGUUGAAUAUGAUAACUGCUAGUGGUUAUGGUGGAAGUUCAUCAAGUAAUCUUCAAUUAGCCAUGAAAAUAUUGAAUGCAGCUUCGGGUGGUGGAAUUGGAUCAUUGAAUGCUAAUGAUAUUGGUACAAUAUUAAAAUUGUUUUCAGGAUAA